UUCUACGGAGAUAACGAAAAGGCGGCGCUACGACACUUUUAAUACGCAGUGCGGGUACGCGUAGGAGAUGUCGGCUGGGUGGACCAUGGGGAGGACCCAGAAGCAGUAUUGACGUUAUUCCAGGCUGUAAACAAGAUACAUUUCUCAUCAGAACUGCAGUGAACUAUAAUAGAGUAAAGCAUGGGAAGGAGUAUAAGUUGUGUUUCUUACGCUGAAAGUCUGGCUAUCUCCACUAGCUUCGGGAAAGCAAGCAAGCUAGCAAGCAGUAACAUUACAGGCUAGCUUCGCAGAGAAGCUGCUGCCUAUUGUGGCCCGCAACGACCCUCCCAGCUAGCAUCCGUCGCAUGCACAGAGACAAAAAUGGUGUACCUGUUAAAUCCUAUAGAGAACCUGAGAAGCUACAUCAACAACCGUCCACCGCUGGUCAUUUUUAUGAUCAGUGUCAGUGCAGUGGCCAUCGCUUUCCUGACCAUUGGUUAUUUCUUUAAGAUUAAGGAGAUCAAGUCUCCAGAGUUGACAGAGGACUGGAACACCUUUCUGCUGCGCUUCAAUGAGCUGGACUUUUGUGUCUCAGAGAAUGAAACGAUAAAGCACGGUCUGAACGAGUCGACCACCCCAGAGAGCAUGGUUGUGACCAGCGGCCAAGCUCGUUCCAGCACCCAGGUUCCCCUCCUGCUAGAGGACUCAGGUCCCAUCAACAUCUCAGUCCCCAUCACCCUCACGCUGGACCCGCAGCGCCCGUUUGGAGGGUACUCUCGCAACCUCACCCACCUGUAUGCCACAGUGCUGGGGCAGCAAGUUGGCUUGUCUAGCCGGGAAGCCCAUGAAGAAAUAAACAUCACUUUCACCCUGCCUGUUUCCUGGAACUCAGACGAGUGUGUACUGCACGGCCACUGCGAGCAGGUGGUGUUCAGCACUUGCAUGACCAUCACAGCAACAAGCAAUAUCUUCCCAGUCACAGUGCAGCCGCCACACUGCGUGCCAGAGACAUACACCAAUGCCACAUCUUGGUACAAGGUGUUCACCACAGUCCGUGACUCCGAUACUAAGUACAGUCAGGACUACAACCCUUUCUGGUGUUACAAAGGAGCCAUCGGCAAGGUGUACCACGCACUCAACCCAAAGCUCACUGUCAUUGUUCCUGAUGAUGACCGUUCCCUCAUCAACCUGCACCUGAUGCACACAAGCUACUUCCUGUUUGUCAUGGUCAUCACUAUGUUCUGCUAUGCAGUCAUCAAGGGGCGGCCUGGCAAAGUACGGCAAACCAACCUUGACUUCUGCCCUGAGAAGGUACAACAGACACCAGCAGUGCUAUAUGACGAGAACAGAUGGCGUUGUCAGAGGGUUAAAAACACAUCGGAGAGCUAUUUUAGAACGUACCUGUAACAUGGACAAACUCAAAGAAACAGAAGACAUAUAAAUAAACAUACCAGUUGCCUAGUGAACCCUGGAAAUACAGUAAGGGACACAAAAGCUCUGUUAAUGCAUUACUCUUGCAAUGUUGGGUUUUUCCAACCAAAGAUAUACAAGUGCCUGUAUCUGUCUUGUAAAUAUUUGUAGGAACUCUAAUAUUCUGUUUAAAACCUUUUUUUGUGUUGAUUAAUAUUAUUAUUUUGCCUGAGUCCCCUUGUGCCAUGUCCUAACAUGCAGUACAUAAACAAAGCAGAACGCCAAACCCAAGAACUACACAGACCAGAAGACCAGACCCAAGAUCUUCACGGCCAUUUUUCAUUCAGUCUUAUUUGCCAAGCAAGAUAGAAAAACCACAGAGAAGUGGACUACAUGGAACCUAUCACAGAUUUCAGUUAUGAGCUUUUGCUGUAAAUGUUUGGAUAUCCUAAAACCUGUAAACAUUAUCUCCCAUAAUGAGAGAGCAUGAUUAUUAGUCACUUGAAGUAUGUUUAAGUGAACUAAAUAUGCUUUAAUACUCAGGUUGAGAUAAUUGCUUGAGGAUGAGAUGCUUGUUACACACUGAUAAUUAAAUCUUCAGUAUAUGCACUUGUCAUUGCAGCUUACACAGGGAAGAGAACUAAUUGAGCACUGUUCUCUGCACCAGACUCAACAGUGUAAUCAAAACUCUAAUCAGAAUUUGGACAUUGCAUGAAGUCUGUUUAAAAGUAGCACUUAAUUUCUUUAAUCGGACUGUCAAUUAUAACAAUAGGUCUUUACCAGAUUAACAAUUGUCUUUCCCUGUGUGUCUGCAAGGUCAAUAAAUGUGGAGUCAAAUAUUUAGAUGAUUGCACCGUGCACAUUAAUAUAUGAACAGAAUACACUGUCAGCAGUAAAGUUAGAGUCCCAUUGUCUGUUUGUAUUCUGUUAGGCUAAUUAGUAAGUCCAUUUAAUGGCAGUUGAAUAAGCUGCAGAACUUUCUGUGGUCUGUGUUGACAAUAGUUUUUUGUUUAAGACGUUUAGAUGUUGCACUUAAAAUGAUUUUCUGCCUUUUGCUUUCCUUCCUCUGGCUUCAUCGCUCACUUGCCUCUUGUCUUAUUUUCUGGCUGUCACUCUUCUGGACUUAAUGUACAAUGCUUCGUUGUUGCUACUGGACGAAGCAUUAAAUUCUUGCCUUACCUACGGUGGACUUGCUUGCUUAAAAACAUGGUGGGAAGAUCAUCUUCUCUCUUUCCAACAUUAACUUGCCAAUUCCUUCUUCCACAGCCAUCCUCCUCUUUUUGUUUCUUCCAGCCUGUGGUUUGAAAUGAAACUUGUGAUCUUUGUCUUAUCAAUGUAAAUGUCAAGUGGCCCUUGAGUUAUUAUAUUUUAGGAGGCUUUAGAUUUACCUGUGCUUUUAUUUUAAGUAAAUCAUUAUCAGUUGCAAGCGUUUGCAUAGUUAGUGCAAGUUAAGAUUUCUUGCACAUUCUGCGUUAAUGGCUCCUGUGAUUAUUUCUUUGUCUGCGGACACGUCUAAGUUGAGCUAAAUAAACCUUGUUUCAGUUGGACUCCUUCUAACAAAUAAAUAUAAUUAUAUUAGCUUAUAAUUGUAUUUGUAUAACUAUGGAGAUAUAUUUAUGAUUAAAUCACUUCAUUUUUAAAUUUUUAUUAUUUAGUACAACAGAAAUGUGGGAAAACCGUGUGUGUGUGUGUGUGUGUGUGUGUGUGUGUGUGUGUGUGUGUGUGUGUGUGUGUGUGUGUGUGUGUGUGUGUGUGUGUGUGUGUGCGUGUGCGUGCGCGUGCGCGCGCGUGUGUGCGCGUGUGCGUGCGCGCGCGCGCGCGUGCGCGCGAGCGAAAUGUUUAGAUACAUACUGUAAAGGCGGCUUUAGACUGAUUCUUUGAAAGCGUCUGGAAUUUAAAGGAUACUAAGUGUAAUGGAACGUCUGAAGUGCACAAGUCUAUAUUGACAUGACUGGGCCCAGAUAUAAAACACCUUCUCUGACAGUGUACAUUUUCACGUGACUCGGUGUUGUGCUGAAACUCUUAAAUGUAGCUUUCAGGAUGAAAUUCAUGCUCUUCCAUCAUUCUCAUUUCAAGCAUGGCUGACUUUGACAAUCAUUUGCUCGGAAUGUACAGUAUAUUAUUAGAUUUGCAAUAAAGAAAAAAAAAAAACAGUGCUCUCAUUACAGUAAGUUAAGAUUGUUGUUAAUGUUAACAUCUUGGGUCACCAACCACUGUCCUCUGCCGUCUUGACACAUGUCAAAACCUAUCAUUAUCAAAUAGGUCCGAUUUGAUUGAUUUGCUAAGAGAAGAUGCAGUGUAAAAUCCAAACUUAAUAAUUAACAGUCUAAGUCCGCCUUUAAUGUCUGUUGAGUACAACUUUCUUUCAAUAGCAAUUACUGAUACAUUUUACUUAUCUUUUGUGUUAUUUUGUUUCAUAAUUGAUGUACCUGUUGAAUGUAUUUUUAUAAGCAGCAUAAUCUUAAUCUGAGAUGCAAGAAUUACAAGUGAUUUUGAAAUAAUGAUGUUUGAUUUUUUUGAUUUUCUUUUUUCAGUUUAAAAGGCUUUACUUGAAUUGUGUUUUUGUUUGAGUGGUAUUCAUAUAAGAUUUAUCCUUUUGUGGCAGAAAUGAAUUGUCACAUUAUUGUAUCAAACACUUUGGACAUUUGUUAGAUUUGUACGGAAGCCCUGAUAGGCAAGUGAGGAAAACCAGAAUUAUGAUUUAAAUUGUUUAGGUGAGAAAAGUUUGACUGGUGAAAAGUGUUUGUUGUUGUAAUACUCUGUACGACCACAAGGGGCUGAAGUGCGCCACUACCCCAUGUUCUAAAUAGGACUAAAAACAUUCAUGUUCAGGUUUUAUGUGAAGUUGUAUUUCUCCAUGCACCCUAAACACAAGAUACAUACAGUAUAUUGUGUGUUAGCCUGUUAUGUAACAUUACUGCCAUGUCUUUUAUUUUGGCUCGAACUGUAUUUAAAUUGGCGAUAGAAUACGGGGUAGUCGCGCAAUUCAGCUUCUCUUAAAAAAAAGAAAGAUCACCUGCCAAAAAACGUUCCACCUGUUUUCACAGGUGAAAUAAGAGUUAUGUAGAAAAAUGAUACUGGCAAAAACAUUUUUGUCACCUGUUAAGUCACAGUUCUUAACACUGGAGAGAAAACAAUUUAGAUCAGACGUAGACAAUGGAUCACCAGAAUUUGGUUGUUCUCACUUUCCUCACAGGGCUUCUGUAUUUUUUUGUGUGUAUGUUGGUGAAUGAGUGGAAGGUGUUUCUUCACAUUGAUUGAUUGAUGCUAGGACAAGUCUUCCUAAUUCUGAUGUGCGUCAUAUUUGAGGAUGAAUCUGUUGCUUCUAUUGUCAUCACCAUCCCCAGUGCUUUCACAGUGCGACUCAUGCUUGUUUUGGGAAGAUCUGGCAGCUCUUAUUGGAUGGUUGGAAAUUUUGAGUGUUGGACAAGAAGCGUGUGGGGUUUGGCCGGGUGGAUGUGAGUGAAGGGUGGUUGAAGAAUGCCAUAUUAUUGACAAACCGUCAUCACAAUUAAUGUCAGUGACCGGCAUUUACCUGCUUCUCAUCCCUCCUUGUGUGAUUUACUAUUUUCAUUUUUGGUUAGAAUUGCAUCUCUAUAAUUGCAAAAUGCCUUAACAUUGUACAGUUUCAUUUAAGUUUUCUUUGUUUCACAUAUUUUAAUACACCAGAUUUACGGAAAUAAAUCCAACCACAAUCUUUUCAUCACUUCUGAGCUAAGAAGCUCACAUCAACAUGCUUGUUAAGUGUACAUUCAGAGACAUUGAUAUAGAAAAAGGAUCUGAUGCUUGCUGUUACUCCCAUAUCAUUGAGGACUGGAGUAAAAACAGAGGAGCCAUAUUCUCCUUCGUUGCAUCAUCUCACAGUGUACUUGGCUUGACAUUAAGCAAAACACACAAUAUAAGACUGCCAUUUCAACUUGUUAUCCUUUCUCUUAUGUCAGCAGCGCUUACAGGCAAGUAUUAAGCCAACUCUGUGCCUUCUGCACUAUCAAGCUGCAUCCUCGUCCCUGUACAUACAGUAGAUAGGACCAUAGGUUAAAUGUGGCUAGAACGUCAUUCAAACCCUUUUCCUUUCCAGUGGAACUGCUGUAAAUGAAUUCAAGUUUAAAUAAACUGUCUCCAAAGUUCAACA